AUGGAGGAGACGGGCUUUGAGGAUGAAGUGGAUGCAGCCAUGGCAAGGGACUGCACUGGGGAUGGCACAGCUGGCCAGACCCCAGCGGAGGACCUGUCUGGCACAGCGAAGGAGACAGCCCUUGGAACGGACAGUGAGAGUGCUCCACUAUGCAAGACCCCGCUCAUCUGUUGUGCAGAUGGCCUUGAUAAGGAUACCUUUAAAAUUUGCAAGGAGUUUUUGAGACCCUUUAAGUCAUCGCUUCGCAAACUGAAUUUGUCCCAACACCUCCUCAUGAGGAAAAAACUGAAGUGUGUAAAGAAAAGUUUGACUGUAAUUGGGAACCGCGUCGAUCUGUUUCUCCACGAGUUCUGCAGAGCCUCAGAAGUCAUGCACUGGCAGAAGAAGUUAUGGCAGUUUGUCUCCCUCUUCUCAGAGCUGGAAGCAGAUCAACUGCAGAAGAUGUAUGCAUACAUCAAGAAAAACCAAAUGGAUAAGUUUCUGGACUAUAAAAAGGAAAUCAAGUUAAACGUGAAUCUGUUGUACCGUGAGAAACAGCGCGACGACACCUGUAGUGAACUUCGGACUGCAGCACAUGGAGAGAAAAACUUCGGGUUUUAA